CUCAACCACCACGCUCCUUUCCGCCUCCCGCGGGCCCCACCAUCACAACGCCAUCAGUUUCCAUCGAAUACGACACUUCAUACAGCGAAUACUAUCAAAGCGCAGCCCCCCAGGAGCCCGAUUCGGAAUAUAAAGGUGCAUUCCGCGUGCAGGGCACGAUGUCACCUGCCCCAAUCACCCAGGACGCGGCUGCCUCACCGUCGCCGCCAAACCCCACACCACCACCUCUUAAGACUCCUGUCCCUCCGAUCGACUUCGAUGAUAUCUUUCACGCCAAGUUCAUGGCGAUCAUUCAGGAAUUCAAGGAUAACCCGACCUCCGGCCAAUUGACCCAAAAGGACCGAAAGACUUUCAUCGACAAUUCCUACUACGAGACCGACCGAAUAUUCUUUGGAGACCGCCACCUAAGCGACCAGGACAUUAAGCUACGGGCCCUUACCAAGGUUUUCUACAAAGUUCUUGCCGAGGAGCCUUGGUCAGAAGAAUGGAUUCGCCCUCACGAUGUGGAGCGCAAGUUAUCCAGGUUCGAAAUGCACAAGGACUCCGUGGAGCUUGCCGCGCAGCACCAGCUCUACACCCCCAGAGAAGCUAUCGCUGCUGCACGCCGUCAAGCAGUCCGCUCAAAGCAAGCACCUCAGGAUCGCAACAACCUUCGUGGGCCGUUUGACGAUAUCGAGAUCAUCUACAUCCCGGGCACUGUCUCUUCUACGGCUACGAGCAGGAUUGAUCGAGGUACCAUCUACCCUGUCUCGGUAUCUUCUGUGGCGCACAUCCUCAUGACGCACAUUUGCCGAGACAUGACGCGCCCGUAUGCCAUGGCGCAGAAGUUCGUCGGCUGUACGGAUACGGAGGAGCUUAUGAAGAUGCGCCAGUUUGCCUGCGACGUCUGCGACUUCGCUCCGCACCUCCUCGACAACGACAACAUCAGCCUUCUAGUCAUCCUGCUCAUCCUGACGCGCUCGGAGAUCUGCAGGCGAUUCGAGAACAACGGUAUCCGCAUCGAAGGUUCCACGAUCAGCCACCGCCGUGCAGAGUGCAUGAAGCAGAAGAUGGGUUGGAGAACAGCCGAUGAGCGCAAGCCCUUCGAUAACGUCGCGACCGAGCUUCAGACCCGCGUCAAGAACGCCUGCUUCCCCGCCCCUCGUCCAACGCGUUCGAAUGCUCGGAAGCCGUCGCGCAAGUCUUCUACAUCUGCCACGCCAUCUACUCCUCCCAUCGGCUUCUUCUCCGGCCCCGUCGGUCACAUGAGUCGGAACCCUAGCGUCAGCUACCGUAUCACAGGCCCUAAUGGCAACGCCAACAGCAGCAUCAAUAUCCCGGCUCCCCCGUCGCGCGCGUUUUCGUCAAUGUCUUUCAAGAAACCCUCCAAUCCAGAUCCUCGGAAAUCCAAAGGCGGUCCAGGAAGCAGCGCAGCAGAGCCGAUGGAUCUGUCUUGAGCGCACCGCUCUACGAUUACGGUCACAAUCUAUUUUCAUUUUCGUGAUAUUUAUUGCAUUACUUUCGGCGUAUGGGUGCGGUUUCUCUUCCUGCAUCUACUGGCAGCGACGGCGCAUAUACAACCGGCGUCUGGUCUUCGCCCUUGCUUUCGGCGCAUUCAGGGUGCGAGUAUACUGUGGGCGGCAUCAUUUCAGGGCUUCGGCCUUCUAGUUUACACUGUGCAGCAUAAGAAAAGUAUUAAUAGGAGGCGGAUUCAGUGUGCAUCGACGUUGUUGCACGUAUCUAGG